UGUGCGUCUCCGUCUCUCUCUCUGGAUAUCUCUUUCUUUGCAAUCAAGCCAGUUCGGGAAAAAAAAGAAGAGAAUCGUCGCCGGAAAAGAAGAAAGCUCUAAUGGAUCCACAGCUCACAGAAGUAUCGCAGCAGUUGGAGAGGUUCAAGGCGGCGUUUGUGAGGAAAGAUUACAAUACCUGCUCUGAUCUCUUGUCUCGUCUUAAGGUUCUUCUGACGAAAUUCACAAGUCUUCCUCCGUUGUUUGAGAAUACUCCAAAUGCUGCUCAGGAGCUCGCCAUUGCUAGGGACAUUUAUGAGCACGCUGUUGUUCUCAGUGUAAAAACUGAGGAUCAAGAUGCUUUUGAGAGAGAUUUCUUCCAGCUCAAACCCUACUAUGUCGAUGCCAGGGAUCGUCUUCCACCGUCUCCACAGGAGAAUCUUAUCCUUGGUCUCAACCUCCUCAGGCUGCUCGUGCAAAACAGAAUUGCUGAAUUCCACACCGAGCUCGAGUUGCUCUCCUCUGCUACACUUGAGAAUCCUUGCAUCAAGCAUGCCGUUGAGCUUGAGCAGUCCUUCAUGGAAGGUGCCUAUAACCGUGUCCUCAGUGCUAGACAGACCGCACCUGAUGCUACUUACGUCUAUUUCAUGGACCUUUUGGCAAAGACCAUUAGAGACGAAAUAGCUGGAUGCAGCGAGAAAGCUUAUGAUUAUGUCUCUAUCAGCGAUGCCCGGCAGAUGUUGCUCUUCUCUUCUGAUCAAGAACUCUUGACCUAUGUCAAUGAGGAGCACCCUGAGUGGGAAGUGAAGGACGGGUUUGUUGUGUUCCAGAAAGCCAAAGAAACUGCACCCUGCAAAGAGAUUCCGUCUCUUCAGCUCAUCAACCAGACUCUAAGCUACGCCAGAGAGCUGGAGCGUAUCGUGUAAGAUGGACUUUUACUCAUUACUCGUCUCUUCCAUUUUAUUGUUAAGAAAAGAGCUUCAGGUCAUAAAACUUUGUUAUCAAUGUAAUGACUGAUUUGAAGAGAUUCAAUACUUGUAUUUGGUUAAUUGGUUUCGGCAAAUCAUUUGCCGCAAAUGAGGUUCUUCGUUCGUACGUUGUUAUUGCUUUGGUUGUUUUGUUAUAUUAUGUUUUCCA